AUGUCCGGAUUUGAAUCUUUCAACGACGUACCUCGACAUAGUCCAGUAUCCACCAGAUCCAACUCUCCUACUUCCGACGAUGAUAUCACGGAUGAAGAGGACAUGCAGGCCCCCGUUCCAGCGUCCAUGAGAGACUUUCGCUCUGCUAUCCUCAGACUUGGUCAAUUCACUAGAGAUUUGGAGCUUAAGACCUGUUUGGACAAUCUCAGACCCUACUUGAUGUGUCCCGUGGAUAAGUGUGACAACAUGAUAACUGGCGUUCCAUUCAUUACCGGACCGACUAUGGGUGUGGAAGCAGACAGUGAAUUCUUCAUAGACGAGGACUCAGGGAUCAUGCGACCAUGUUUGACACAUUGGGAACACUAUGGUGAACAUCUAUUGAUUCCCGACACGGCUUACGAAGAUUAUGACGGAACAGACUGUGCUUGGUGUCAUCAGCGUCCGGCUCUGCUUGUUGAGGGUCGGUAUGAUCACUUGAACUCUCGUAUUUUCAGAUAUCAAGUCUGCACAGAUGAGGACCAUCCAUGUUGCUCCCUUGCAUGUACUCUUCUUGCUCUGUGUAUGAACAAAGCACGAGCUGCACAUCCGGGCCACAUGGCUGAACCUUGGCAGGAAGAGAGAUCGGGAACAACAACUCUCAGUGGAUAUGAUGCUAUUCCACAAGAAGUCUUGAGGACUUACUGGAUGACUACCAUACAUGGGUUUCUAUACGAUACAUGGGGUGAGGAGUUUCCAUUGCCCAGAAGUUCUGGUCUCUCAACUAUGACAGAUACCAGUGAUAGAGCGUCAGAGGGAGAGCGACCGUCGGAAUGGAAAACCCUUCGACGUGGGAUCCGUGCGGGUGUUAUCCACUCCGACUUCCUACCCGCUGUUUUGGGCGGGGGAGGGGAUCCCUCAGGCAACACCCCUGAACUGUUUCUCCUCAACUUUGGAGCUGCGCCAUCUGUCGUCUGCCGGUCAUGGUGUCCUCUGGGCGGUCUUCAGGUCAUGCGGUCGGAAGUCGUCGGAGUGCAAGACUUUUUCGCUUGGACUGCGCGCGGAUUUCAUCUACGGGGAAUUCCUGCCCACCAUCUACAAGGACAAGGGCAAUCUCCCGAGCGCUUCCACUCAACUAUGUGA